AAUUUAGUUCCAAUAAAAAUAUGAAGCUAGUACCUUUGUCCGAUGCACAAACGGGCCAAGAGGCCCAAUCACAUUUCUGGGCCAAUCCCACCACAGCUUGGAAACUGCACAGAGCUUGAAGUUCUUGAGCUGAGAUCAAAUGCUUUGACAGGUCACAUUCCGGAUGAUUUUUCUAGGCUCUCACAUCUGAAUGCACUUGAUUUAGGUGGUAACAACCUAACAGGAGAAAUCCCGGAGGAAAUCUCCAAAUGCUCGUUAUUAGCCUUUUUGUUAUUGAGUGGGAAUCAUCUCUCUGGAAGCAUACCGAGUUCACUGUCCAAGUUAUCAAAUUUAACAAUGUUGGAUCUCUCAUCCAACAACUUGAGUGGGGAGAUUCCUACUAAUCUCACUCUAAUAUCUGGUUUGGUGUACUUCAAUGUUUCAAAGAAUGAUCUAGAAGGGGAGAUUCCAGUCACUCUGGGUUCUAGAUUCAACAAUCCAUCAGCAUAUGCGGAUAAUCAAGACCUAUGUGGGAAACCAUUGGAUCGAAAAUGUGAGAAUAUUGCUGAAAGGAAUAGGAAGAGGUUAAUUGUGUUGAUUGUUUUGAUAGCAGUUGGUACUUGCCUUAUGGCAUUGUGUUGUUGCUUCUACAUUUACAGCUUGUUGAGAUGGCGCAGAAAGCUCAAAGAUGCAGCAGGGGCAAAGAAAAGGAGCCCGGCUAGGGCUAGUUCUGGAGCAAGCGGAGGCCGUGGCAGCAUGGAUAAUGGAGUUCCAAAGCUUGUUAUGUUCAAUAACAAGAUCACACUUGCUGAAACAAUUGAAGCAACCAGGCAAUUUGAUGAAGAAAAUGUGCUUAGCAGAACACGAUAUGGGUUAGUUUUCAAGGCUUGUUAUAAUGAUGGAAUGGUGCUCUCCAUUCGUCGUCUGCCAGAUGGAUCUCUGGAUGAAAACAUGUUCAGAAAAGAAGCUGAAUUUCUGGGCAAAGUGAAGCACCGGAACUUGACAGUUCUCCGUGGAUACUACGCCGGACCACCUGAUCUAAGGCUCCUGAUUUAUGACUACAUGCCCAACGGCAGCCUCGCCACACUCCUUCAAGAGGCAUCCCACCAAGAUGGUCACGUCCUCAACUGGCCAAUGCGCCACCUAAUAGCCCUCGGCAUUGCCCGCGGCUUAGCAUUUCUACACACAUCCAACAUGUUUCACGGCGAUGUCAAACCCCAGAACGUCCUGUUCGACGCAGAUUUCGAAGCUCAUUUAUCAGACUUUGGCUUGGACCGCCUCACAGUAGCAACCCCGGCGGAGGCAGCUUCCUCUUCCACUUCAGUCGGCACACUGGGUUAUGUAUCUCCUGAAGCAGUACUAACAGGGGAGAUCACAAAAGAAACCGAUGUCUACAGCUUUGGCAUCGUCUUGCUCGAGCUCCUAACCGGAAAAAGACCAGUGAUGUUCACCCAAGACGAAGACAUUGUCAAAUGGGUCAAAAAACAGCUCCAAAGAGGCCAAAUCACAGAGCUGUUAGAGCCUGGACUGCUGGAACUUGAUCCUGAAUCAUCAGAGUGGGAAGAAUUCUUGCUUGGGGUGAAAGUCGGACUACUUUGCACCUCACCGGACCCGCUUGAUCGACCCACCAUGUCCGACGUCGUGUUCAUGCUGGAAGGGUGUCGCGUCGGCCCCGAUAUUCCCUCCUCCGCCGAUCCAACAUCUCAACCUUCCCCGGCAUAACAACCUGGAACUUUUUAAACUUUUUUUUUUCCUAAAUUAUUUUCAGGAUGUAACUGUAGGUGAAAAUUUUUUGUUCAGUCAGCAACUUACUUUCUUUUUAA